AUGAAUAAAUAAUAAUCAAUCGGAUAAUAUGUAUUUGGUAUAUAUUUUGAAGUAUGAAUAUAGGCAAAACAUUAGGAGAAGGUACCUUUGGAAAGGUGAAAUUGGCUAUCCAUUAAACAACAUAGGAAAAGGUGGCAAUCAAAAUUUUAGAGAAGAGCAAAAUAGUUGAUACUUCUGAUAUUGAAAGAGUAACAAGAGAAAUUUAGAUUUUGAAAUAAAUCAGACAUCCAAAUUUAGUGUAAUUAUAUGAAGUAUUAUGUGAUUAUACUAAGAUAAUAGAAACUUAAAAAUAACUGUUUUUAGUAAUGGAAUAUAUAAAUGGUGGAGAAUUAUUUGAUUACAUAGUUUAAAACUAGAGAUUGAGAGAUGCAGAAGCAGCUAAACUUUUUGCUUAAUUAAUUUAAGGAAUAGAGUAUAUGCAUAAAUUGAGAAUUGUACAUAGAGAUUUAAAACCUGAGAAUUUAAUGCUUGAAAAUUAAUAGAGAAUCAAGAUUAUUGAUUUUGGACUAUCUAAUUUAUAUUAAAAUGAUGAAUUACUAAAAACAGCAUGUGGAUCACCAUGUUAUGCAGCACCUGAAAUGAUAGCUGGCAAGAAAUACAAUGGAUUAAAUUCAGAUAUUUGGAGUGCCGGUGUUAUCUUAUUUGCUAUGUUAGCUGGCCAUUUACCAUUUGAAGAGGCCAAUACAAAUCUAUUGUAUAAAAAAAUACUAGCAGGAGAAUACAAAUGUCCUGGCACUAUUUCAUUACCUGCUAAGAGUUUAAUUGCUGGUAUUUUAUAAACUGAUCCUCUAAAAAGAUACACUAUUUAAGAUAUUAGAAGACAUCCUUGGCUAACUAAUAAUCACAAAAGUCCAUUAUAAGUUGGCAUUAUUGUUGGAUCUCAUAAGAUUCCAAUAGACUUUGAUAUAUUGAAAUAAUUGGUUAAAAUGGGUUAUGCUUAAGAUUAUAUUGAAAAGUGUGUAGAAAAUAAUAGACAUAAUUAAGUGACGACAAUUUAUUAUUUAUUAUUAAAAAAGCAUUUAAUCAAUGGAGGAAAAUCUUUUGCUGGUAAUUUUAUUACUUUUUACCAAAAUAGAUAUUGGGUCUGAUAUAUUCACUCCUAAAUUAAAUCCACCUAAGCAUGCUUCUACUUCCGAUUAUGGUGCUAAAUAGCAGAAUAAACCUUUGCCUGUUAUUAGACCAAAACUACAUGAUGAUUCUCCAAUUAAUCUCAGAAGUCGUUAUCUUAAUAAUUCUCUACAUUCUCAAUAAAAUACAACUUUAAAUUAAUCACCUAAAAUUCAUUCUGUAGAUUCUAAAAGACCAUAACUCGACAAUUUUAAAUUAGAUUUGAAUUAAACUUUUAGAGAUCCUAAUUAAUCAAAAAACAUUACUCCAUCUGUUAGACCUAGAGGAAUUAGUGAUUAUUAUUGUAGGCAAGGAAUAUAUGCUUAAGAAUCUAAUAGAUAAAAAUCAGUGGAUUACGGAUAAAAUAAUUAAAUUAAUUUAGCCUAUUAUAAUGAUACUAGAGUGAAAACAUUUUACAAGGUCAAGUGA